AAAAUAAAAACUUUUAUAAUUAAAAUAAAAACGUAUAUAAUACUAAGAAAUAAGUACAUUUACAGCAAUUUUAUGAAAUGGCUCCAGCUGUAAAAGGGGGUAUUUGGAAAAAUAUUGAGGAUGAAAUAUUAAAAGCAGCUGUAAGUAAAUAUGGAAAAAAUCAAUGGGCACGAAUUAGUAGUCUUCUUGUUCGUAAAACAGCUAAACAAUGUAAAGCACGAUGGUAUGAGUGGCUUGAUCCAGGAAUUAAAAAAAUUGAGUGGAAUAAAGAAGAAGAUGAAAAACUACUGCAUCUUGCAAAACUUAUGCCAACGCAAUGGAGAACUAUUGCCACUAUAGUUGGUAGAACUGCUACGCAAUGCCUUGAAAGAUAUCAGAGACUCCUUGAUGAUGCGGAGGCCAAUGAUUCUACUAUGAAUCUUGGUGGUCCGGGGUGCGAAACAUCUGCUCCAACAGCAGAUGACGUACGACGUCUUCGACCAGGUGAAAUUGAUCCCAAUCCUGAAAAUAAACCUGCUUUGCCAGAUGCAGUGGACAUGGAUGAGGAUGAGAAAGAAAUGUUAAGUGAAGCAAGAGCUCGACUAGCCAAUACUCAAGGAAAAAAAGCUAAACGAAAAGCACGAGAAAAACAACUUGAAGAAUCUCGUCGAUUAGCUGUACUUCAGAAACGAAGAGAACUAAAAGCUGCUGGAAUUAAUAUUAAACUUCAUCAUCGAAAAAAGGGACAAAUGGACUAUAAUGCAGACAUACCCUUUGAAAAAAAACCAGCACUUGGAUUUUAUGAUACAACAGAAGAACAAUUAAUGAACGAAGCAAUUAAAAAUAAUGCAGAUCUAUCUCAAUUUGACAGAAAAAAAAAAGAUCAAGAAGAUACAGAUAAAAAAAAACGUAAAAAAGAAGAAUUUAGCAAAUCAGUAACAGCAGCUUUUCAAGCUUCUGAAAAUGCUAGAAAUAUACAAAAGCUAAAAGAUGCAGAGCAACUUAGUAAAAGAAGAAAACUAAUAUUACCAGAACCUCAAAUCAAUGAUAACGAGAUUGAUGAAGUAAUAAAAUUAAGCAAAUCUGGUGAUUAUGCACGAUCUUUGGUUUCUAUGACUGAAAACGAGGCUACAAAAGGACUUAUUGGUCAGUAUUCCCAAAUAAAUACAUCAAUUUCAAUAAGAACACCACGAACACCACUACAAGAAGAUCGUUUACUUAUUGAAGCAAAAAACCUUAGAGCAUUAACUCAACAACAAUCUUCUUUAUUUGGCGAUGAAAAUACGCCUCUUCAUCAACCCGUAGAAACAGAUUUUAAUAAGGGUGCUUUAAGAAACACACCGGUUACACCUAAUCCAUUAGCUAUGUCAUUUCAUCAAAGAAAUGCAUCAAUUAAGCCAAAUUCCACUCCAUUUAGAACUCCAAGAGAUAAUUUUAAUAUUAAUCAAAGAGAUCCAAACUCAGCUGAAUUUACAGAUAAAGAGGAAUUAUACGGAAAAUCUCAAAAAGAAUAUUUACGCUCUAAAUUUUCAUCAUUACCAAAACCCUUGAAUGACUUUGAAUUGGAACUUCCUAUUGAAGAAGAUUACAACGAUAAACCAAAACAAUCAGUUAUUGAGGAAGAUGCCCAAGAAAAAGAAAAAAAAAAUCAAACACUUGAUGAAAAACAAAAUUUUUUAGAUUUAAAAAGCAAAGUAAUACAAAAAGGUUUACCACGACCUCCAAUUAUUGAUAUGAGAUUACUUCUGGAAUGGCUUGAACCUGCUCAAGGUGCAGAAUUAUUAAUUACUAAAGAGAUGAUAAAACUUCUUUCUUAUGAUACUUCGAGAUAUCCUAUACUCGAGGAUAAAAUAAUAGGUACUUCACAUUUUAUAGAUAAUAUUAGUAAUGAUCUUAUGCAUCAUGCAAAUAAUGAAAUUCAAAAAGAAAUUGAUAAAUAUAAUUCUAUAACUAUUGACCCUUAUAUGAGAUUAAUAAAUGAAAGGAAAAAUUUAUAUAAUUUUAUUUCUGAUCCAGAAAAAAGUUCAAAAAACUCCCUAGAUGAUUUAAAAAAUUAUUGGAAAAUUAUUCAAGAAAAUAUAUCAAAAGAGGCAAAUAAUGGUAAUAAAAUUGAAAAAAGGCUUGAUGUCCUUCUUAGUGGAUAUCAAAUACGUUCUAAAAUAAUAUCAAAAAAAAUAUAUAAUUCUAUUGAAGCAAUUUCUCUUGCUAAACAGGAAUUGUAUUGUUUCCAAAAUUUGAAUCUUUCAGAAAAGAUAGUCUUACCAAAACGAUUAAAUUCUUUAAAAAAUGAUGUACAAUUUUUAAAAGAACGCGAAUCAAGAGAACAGACAAAAUAUCAGUAUUUAUUGGAAAAAAAAAAAAAUUUACCUAAAUUAUAG